UCUUUCUUCUGACGGAGGUAACGGAUGUUUCUUUCUUUUCGGGUUUUCUUUACCCUUUGCAAUUGUUUACCCUCAUAAAUGAUAAACCCUUAUCGCCAUAAAUCUUGAAGCUUUCCAGCUCCGCGCCCAAUAACCCACGCUCUUCAGUUUACGCAGGGUUUCAAUUCAAAACACUGGAAUUGGGAAUUGGAAACAUCGUGGAAAUGUCUUUAUUAAGUAUGCUGCCAUUUUCUCAACCUUUAUUUGCAAAGGAGAAUUUAUUAAAAGCUUCUAUUUCAUUCAACAAGAUGCCUUUUACAACCAUUCAUUUGCCAAGGUCGAUGUUUCUGACAGAAAGAAGUUUUUUAAGAGCUUCCAAAGUUGAAAUUCUGGAUUGUGAUGAUGAUAAAAAGAAAGAAUCCACAAAAUCAAGCAAGAUUGAUGAUGAUGAUGAUGAUGAUAGUGAUUUUGAAAUGGAUGAAGAUGAAAGGAUAGAAUUCAGGAAAAAGAUAAGACAAAUGAUCGAAAUGAACCCUGAAGUCAAAGACGUUGACCCUGAAGAAAAGAAAAAAAUGAUGGAAAAACUUUUAUCUGAUUAUCCACUUGUUGUAGAUGAAGAGGAUCCAGAUUGGCCUGAAGAUGCAGAAGGAAGGGGUUUUAAUUUCAGUCAAUUUUUUGAUAAAAUGACAAUUAAAAACGUGAAAAAAGAUGAUGAAGAUUAUGAUAGUGAUGGUGAAGUUAAUUGGCAAGAUAUUAGGGCUAUUAAAGACAUUAAGUCUGAAGAAUGGGAGGACACUGUGUUUCAAGAUCUUAGCCCCUUGAUUGUUCUUGUUCAUAAUCGUUAUAGAAGACCAAAAGAAAAUGAAAUGGCUCGUGAUCAGUUGGAAAAAGCAAUACAAAUUAUAUGGGAUUGUAGAAUACCUUCACCAAGGUGUGUUGCGAUUGAUGCUGUUGUGGAGUGUGACUUAGUGUCAACACUUGGAGUUUCUGUUUUUCCUGAGCUCAUAUUUACAAAAGUUGGAAAGAUUUUACACCGUGAAAAAGAAAUUCGAACAGCUGACGAGUUGUCAAAGAUGAUGGCCUUCUUUUACUAUGGAGCAGCAAAGCCCCCAUGCCUUGGUAAUGACUUUGUGAUGACCAAUGACGCAAUCCCUGGUUUCACUACCAAGAAAUAGAUGUACAAUCAUGCUACAACGACUUGUACUUCAUGCAUGAACAGUUGUAUACCAAGAAAUAGAUGUACAAUCAUGCUACAAUGACUUGUACUUCAUGCAUGAAAAGUUGUAUAUUCUUCUAGAUUUGUAAUAGACCUAACAAUAUAUAAGAAAUUUUGGCAAAAUAGAUGUUAUUAGCAAA